GACAAAACACCACAGUGGUCACUAGAGAAAACUUAGAAACUCCAGAUAGUCACAAAGGAGGAGACUAGAACCCCAAGCCCGCCGCUCAGAAGCCUCCGGUGGACGUCCCGCUCCUGCGGCUCCGCGCGCGGCGGGGGCGCUGCCGGCGCGGGCACCGCGGCCGCAAGGGGGCCCUGCUCGGGAGGUUCUUAAUCCAGAGCCAACUCCAUGGACCCAGGCCGGGUUUGGCCCUUGGCCUGCUGUGAGCAGGGUGUUGUCUGCUAGAAGACUCCCCUGGCCGACCUGCUCUCUUGCCUUACAGAGCAAGCAAAGAAGAUGGACGGAGUGACGUGCCCUCUGCCUGUGUGCUUUCUGCCUUCUGUGCCCUUGCUAAUCCUAGUGUCCACUCUAGCGACUGCUACGAGUGUGGCCAACAGCACUUUAAAUGGCACUGACAUGGUCGUGGGCUCAGUGCCCGUGGUCAUUGCCAGAACCGACCAUAUCAUCGUCAAGGAAGGGAACAGUGCCUUGAUCAACUGCAGUGUUUAUGGCCUCCCUGAGCCCCAGCUCAAGUGGUAUAACUCCGUGGGCAAGCUGCUGCAUGAGGACAGCGAGGACCGAGGGGCAGGAAAGUGGCAGAUGCACGACGGCCUCCUGAACAUCACCAAGGUGUCCUUCACGGACCGAGGUCGAUACACAUGUGUGGCCGCCAACAUCCACGGCACCGUGAACAACACGGUGACGCUGAGGGUGGUCUUCACGUCGGGGGAUAUGGGCGUGUACUACAUGGUGGUGUGCCUGGUGGCCUUCGCCGUGGUGCUGGUCCUCAACAUCACCCGCCUCUGCAUGAUGAGCAGCCACCUGAAGAAGACCGAGAAGGCCAUCAACGAGUUCUUCCGUACGGAGGGCGCCGAGAAGCUGCAGAAGGCCUUCGAGAUCGCCAAGCGCAUCCCCAUCAUCACCUCGGCCAAGACGCUGGAGCUGGCCAAGGUCACACAGUUCAAGACCAUGGAGUUUGCCCGCUACAUCGAGGAGCUGGCCCGCAGCGUGCCGCUGCCCCCGCUCAUCAUGAACUGCAGGACCAUCGUGGAGGAGCUCAUGGAGGUGGUGGGGCUGGAGGAGCAGGGCCAGAACUUCGUGCGCCACGCGCCUGAGGGCCAGGAGGCCACCAGCGGGGACGAGGUCUACACCAUCCCCGACGCCCUGCAGCGGAGCGAGUCCCCCACCGCUGACUCAGACGCCUCGUCGCUGCACGAGCAGCCCCAGCAGAUUGCCAUCGAGGUGUCCGUGCACCCCCAGGCCCGGAGGGAGCCCACGGAUGACCGGGACGGGGGGCCCCUCGAGGCCAGAGACGAGGAGGACACCGAGCCGUCGGCCGAGCACUCCCCCGAGUCCGCGGCGCCUUCCACCGAGGUCACAUCCGCGGCGCUGACCUCCGAGGAGCCCACGCCUGUCGAGGUACCGGACCGUGUCCUGCCCCCGGGUCUCCUGGAAGCCACAGAGCCUGCCGGGACAUGCGACAGGAACACCCGCGUCGUCUAUGAAAGCCAUGUCUAACAGCGCCCCCCCGAGAAGCUAUGCACACCCCAAGAAUCGGGGCCGCCCCCCCACCCACCCAGGGCCUGACGCAGUCCACCCUCGCCGCUAAGCCUUACCAGAGACGCCUGUCCCGUAGGUAGGAGCCAGGCCCCUUCACAAGGAAGCGCCUGUGUGCAUGCUGUGUGCCCGGACCGCGCCCCGUGACAGAGGAUGCAGGCAGCGGCAGGAUGCAGAGCCGGCGACCUUGGGCAGGUGUCUGUGCGCGCGGCACGAAUCUCAGAGGCUCUUCUCUGCCAGCUACCUUAAUCGCUGAUGCCCUUUUGGUGCGAGAGACCCUGAGGUCAAGAGCCCUAUCCAGUGCACACUGCAGCGCUUUUCCUUUAAAAAAUCAUAGGUCUGCUACGAGAGCAGCUGCACGUCCGCGGGCCUGUUGCACUUUCUUCCCAGUUUUAACCCCCCUUCCCUGUUCCCCUGUAACCGCGUCGUCGUGACACGAAUGCUAAUCGUUCCUUCUGGUUUCGUCCCGUUUGCCACUUUGUCCUUAUUUCUCUCCCCCGACCCCCUCAAACCCCCCGCCAGACUUUUACCUCAGAGGCUUUGGUGUCAGGGCUGAUACCCACAAGUCAUCUGUAAUGUUCCAAAGCAGUUACCAGCCUCGUGAUUUUUGUCAUUUCCCAGGUCUGUCUCCAUCUAUCGCUUUUUUUGUUUGUUUCCAAUGAAGCUGCUGUUGUGAAACUGAGAAAAAAAAAACCCUUGCCCAGGAUAGCACUUUAAUAGCCACAUAAACAUGUGUUGCCUGUCCGAUCCUGAGAGCCUGUAGGUGAGCUCAGCUGCGGUUGCAGGGAGACUGUAAACUUGAAUUUACGCAAACUGUCCAUGAAAAGUGCUGUGUUUACGUGUAAGUAACGGCAUCCUCCAAACACGGCUGCUGCUGGAUCUGGAACGCAUGUUGCUUCCAGAGACAGAGGCAUCUGACGAAUCCGUGUACGUGUAGAAUGUGGGCCUCCCUCGAGGGCCGCCAGGGGCCGUCCUGUGACCCACACACUUGGUUUGGGGCAGCGAGUGUGAGGGUCCGUGGGGUCGCCUAGCCAGGCCCACUUCUCUGAACUGCAGGGCUAGCUUGUCCGUCCUUGAAGGGGAGAGUGAAAGGUUAGGGUGAUGGCAUCAAAUUUCACGCCAGAAUUCUUGAAUUAAUUUUGUCCCACAAGAAAGCAGUUGUAUGGGUGGCAGAAUGAUGUUAUAGAAACGACAAAACUAGUCACCCAAAGGCUAGCAUCUCGUCUGACGGUGCCAGUCAGCACCGCAGGCUCUGGGCAGGUGGGGCCUCCGUUCCUUCCCUGGGAGAGGGCUCGAGCUCCAUCUAGAUGGUCUCCUCUCCCGCAGAAUCACCUGGGCCUCCUCCACAAUUACUCGAAAGAUGUUUCACUUUCCUCUCUGGUUCCUCUAAUCUUUUCUGCUGAAAGUUAGUAUUGAUGCAAAUCAAGAGGAUCGGUUUCAAAAACUCAAAACCCCAAAUCCUUAGGGCAGCGUCUGCAGUUUAGAUGUCAUCGUGGGAAGAAGGAGAGGUAUUAGUUCAUCUCCAUUUAUGAGCAGGGGAGCCAUAACCCUGAAGUCGUCUUGAGGGUCACGGCCACAUCAUGGUUUCCGUGGAGGUUCCCCGGGCCACACGGAUCGUGAGAGCAGACCUGAUGUUUAGUCCUCACUCUCUCGCUUUCAGGAUAAGUGACCUUCGACACCCCCCUGGGUUUAAUCUUUCUCAUCUGACAAACAUGGAGGUGGUACUUGAUGGGCCCCCAGAUCCCAUCCGGCUCAGACAUUUUAGAGUCUUACGGGAAGUUUGUGAUGGCCCCCCUUGCAGGCGACGAGCCGUCUUGGGAGCAAACAUGGGCACGUGAGGUUAGAUAGCCUUGCUGCCGGCCUUCACAGCAAGAGCAUCUGAAUCUGUAGCUGAGGGCAGAGGGUUUGGCUUCAGGGGUUUCUCUAUGUAUAGAUAACUGGUGUGACAGGGGGUCUGACAAGAUUCAGAGUCGGAUCCGAGUCCUCGUGGCCUCACAUGACCCAUUGCCAUCACUUAGGAGUGUCUCGGGUGGUCACCUAAAAAGUAGUGAACAGUCCAGAGCAACCUUGACUGCCCACUUGCACUCUCUGGACGAGGGUUUUCUGUAUUUGGGUUGCAGAAGCGUUUUAUCUCCACCUCUUAGAGUUUUCCACUUGUCCUGGAGGCCAGCAGAUUCUCACCAUGGAUCUGUAUGCCCACAGCACCAGCAGGGACCCACACUCAUUUUGUGACACUGCAUGAACUUUUUCCCUUUCUGUCCAGUUCUCCGUCCACCGAAACCCAUGUGCACAUUUCCACGUGGAACUUACUGGAAAAGGCAUCUCUCCCAUCUAGACACUGAUUAGGGAUAGAAAAGUUAAAAAUGGGCAGAUUUUUUAUGAAGCAGGGGCAGAAAUGUGUGACCAAAGAAUGUUUUCAGGUUGGUUUUAGCUUCUUUAGACCGGCGAGGUUAGAUAGAUUUUCCAAAACCUUUCCCCUCUUUAAGGCAUCAGAAAGCUCUUGAUAGAAUAACAGCCAACCAAAGAGGAGGCUGGCUUACAAUGAAGAUUUCUCUGUCCAGAAAGGCUACACUCUUCCUGUUCAUCCUGUAGCUUCUUUACAGAAUAGGAAAGCUCUCCUGCUAGAAUAUGGAACAGAGAUGAUCUCGUGACUUUUGGCUGAUUUUUCAAAGAUAAACUGUUCAGCUUCAUAGAAAUCCAUAAAAGUAUGGCUGCAUGUGAGCGUGUGUGUGUGUGUGUGUGUGUGUGUAUGCACACAUGCAUACGUCAGGCUCAUUUGGGCAGUUUUAACAGCUUAGCACUAAAUCCCAAGCCAUGUCUUUUGGGUCUUAGGUCAUUAUUUUCAAAAGUAAGCAGUUUCUGGUUUCUGAGUCAUCUGGUCAUAUCUCCAGUGAUUUUUUUUCUUGAAGUUCUGAAAAUGAUUCAGAUGUGUGUGCAUAUUUAAUUCACUUAGAUGAUCUGUAAACUUG